AUACACGGUCUCCCUGCCCAGAGGCCCUUGCACAAAGCUCUAGAAAACUGUGAAAGUGCCUUCAGCAUAAACAAUCCAGAACUCUCCCAGGACAAAUCGCUUGCCAACUGAAGGAAAGGCCUGGGGUUUACGGUUUCACUCGGAGCAAGAGGUGGAAAUUUUCUGGGGGGACAAGACAGACCAGGCAUCGGUGGGUGUCACUGCGGCAAGACAAGGAUGGACGACGAGUCGCCAGACGAGCUGCUCUUCAAAGACCACAGCUUCUCCUCGGACUUACUGAGGCAGCUCAAUGGCUUAAGACAACACAGGAUCCUGACGGAUGUGAGCAUCUGUGCCGGUGCCUGGGAGGUCCCCUGCCACCGCAACGUGCUGGCCUCCAGCAGCCCCUACUUUAGGGCCAUGUUCUGCAGCAACUUCCGGGAGAGCAGUGAGGCCAAAGUCCAGCUGAAGGGCAUCGACUCCCCGGUGCUGGACUGGAUCGUGGCCUACGUGUACACCGGGGAAGUGCGCAUCGCGGCCGACAACGUCCUCGCCCUGAUGGAGGCGGCCUCUCUGCUGCAGUACCCCAGGCUGUUCGAGGCCUGCUCCUCCUACCUGCAGAGCCAGCUGGCCCCCAGCAACUGCCUGGGCAUGAUCAGACUCUCGGAAAUCUUGAGUUGCCAGACCCUCAAGGAGAAAGCCAGGGAGGUGGCCCUGGCGUGUUUCCCUGAGGUGGCCACCUCCGCUGACCUGAAGGAGCUGUGCGCCUUGGAGUUGAGAGACUACCUCGGAGAUGACGGGCUCUGCGGGGAGGAGGAGAAGGUGUUCGAGGCCCUCAUGGCUUGGGUCAAGCAUGACCUCCAGGCCCGGAAGCGAUACAUGCAAGAACUGUUCCAGCAGGUGAGGCUUCAGUACGUCCACCCGGCCUUCUUCCACCACUUCAUCGCCAACGAUGCCCUCCUCCAGUCUUCGCCGGCCUGCCAGACCAUCCUGGAGAGGGCCAGGAGGCAGAUGUUUUCUCUGUAUGGCUCCAGUGCCCCAGACUGCAAACCCCUGUGGCAUGUCCCUCCAAGGAGCUCUUACCAAGACUUCCUCAUCCUCCUGGGUGGAAGGAAGGACAACCAGCAGACCACCAGGGAGGUCCUGCUCUACAGCUCACAGACCGGCCAAUGGCAGAGCCUGGCCAAGCUCCCCACCCGGCUAUACAAGGCCUCGGCUGUCACCUUGCACCGCAGCAUCUACCUGCUCGGGGGCAUGACUGUCAGCGGGGGGAAGAGUCUGGUCAGUCACAAUGUCUAUGUCUUCUCCCUGAAACUCAACCAGUGGAGGCUCGGGGAGCCCAUGCUGGUGGCCCGCUACUCCCACAGAAGCAUUGCCCACAAGAACUUCAUCUUCUCCAUCGGGGGCCUCGGAGAAGGGCAGGAGCUCCUGAGCUCCAUGGAGAGGUACGACAGCAUCUGCAAUGUCUGGGAGAGUAUGGCCAACAUGCCCGUGGGAGUUCUCCACCCUGCCGUUGCUGCGAAGGACCAAAGGCUCUACCUCUUUGGGGGAGAGGACAUCAUGCAGAACCCUGUGCGCCUUAUCCAGGUUUAUCACAUUUCCAGAAACACGUGGUUCAAAAUGGAGACGAGGAUGAUCAAGAACGUGUGCGCCCCUGCGGUGGUGCUUGGGCAGCGGAUUGUCAUUGUGGGAGGUUACACGAGGAGGAUUCUUGCUUACGACCCUCAGACCAACAAAUUUGCCAAAUGUGCAGACAUGAAAGACCGGAAAAUGCACCACGGGGCCACAGUGAUGGGGAACAAGCUCUAUGUGACAGGCGGGCGGCGGCUGACUACGGACUGCAACAUUGAGGACUCAGCCUCCUUUGACUGCUAUGACCCUGAGACAGACACCUGGACGUCCCAGGGGCAGCUGCCUCACAAACUCUUCGACCAUGCCUGCCUCACCCUCCAGUGCAUACCCCACAUGACCACCCAUUCAUGAAGUCCACAGGGAACCUUAGUCGAGACGCUUUCUGUUGCAAAGGACAGAAGCCCAGCUCCCAAGAGCCUAACCCUACAGGGAUGCAGGGACGGACCCCUCUCAGGACUGAAGGCACGAAGGCCUGGGGGCCUGGAGCCAGGCCUAUGGCCAGAAGUCUCUCCUCCCCCAGCCUUUCCCUCUGUCUCUACCUUGUCUCAAUUAGGUCUCCUUCCUCGAGCUUCUGCAUCCACACAGCAUGAGGAUUAUCAAUGACAAUUGAUAAACUCUAACUCACCGUCUCUAGCUUUGCAUCUCCAUUGUACCAUGAUCCACAUAUUUAUCUUUAAAAAAGGUGCUGGCAGGCCCGUUUUGAAUUCCAUGCCUGCCUCUUGAGACAAUCACUAUUGCCAGAAUGGUGCUACUACAACUGCCUAGUCUUGAAUCAGGUCCCUAGGAACAGAAGUGGGGUUAACUCCUGUGAUUGGCAGCCCAUCCAAAACACAUGCAAGGGGAUGGAAGGAGUUCUCCAAAGGAAGAAAUUCUGGAUGGACAAAAGCACAUCUGGCCCAGGACACCUUUGCAAUCUGGAACAAGAGGGCUGAGAGACCCAAGAGGACCCCUGGAAGCAUUUGGUCCAGGUGGCAGUGUGAGAAAUUGGCUACAACUGUGUUUGUCUGAAUUCUAUGGAUGUCGUAUAUUAAAAUUCCAGAGAAGUAUGUGCGAUUCAGUAUCUCAUGUUUGCAAAACGAUCUCGUACUGAAGGAUAUAAAAACAGAACAAAGCUGGUUUCUGGUGCCAAAUGAUGUUUUUCUCCGGCCUCUGGGGAGCUGUAGACCUGCAGAAUUAAUCUGGGUUUUCAUUUUAGUAAAUGCUAUGAGAAUUGCUCUUCCAGGGAAAGCCAACAAAUUCCUUCAGUGAUUCCAGGAAACAUUACCCUCCAGAAGCCAGGGCUGACGAGCCCUGCGGCCCCUUUAUCUUGAAGCACCUCCCACCCCAGCUCGGGCUCCAGUUGAAGAACAAGCUGAAGCUGAGAACAGCAGCUCUCCACGCUGCCAACUCUCACCACCACCUGGGGAGAUGUUUGGAACCAGGACGAGCACCCUUCAAGAUAGAUGGAUGGGGAUUCAGCUAGCUGGGGCCCAGAUCUCUGGAUUUUUUAUGUUUCCUAGAUGAGAAGGUAAAGAACCACAGUCCUGCUCAGCUGUGGGCACUGAAGACCUCUGGUUCCAUUCUCAUCCUGUCCUGGCCAGCCCUAUCCAAACCUAGCGUUGUACACAAAGGACCCUCCACCCCGUAGCAACAUCUGGAACAAGUCUUGGUGCCCUGAGUGUAGAGUGCACCGGUGCCGGGGCCUCCCUUCCCACCGAGCUCUUUCGCUCCGGGUUCUGGACUUUUUCUUCCUGGUUUGUAUUUCUGUGCCUCAGCCUCUCUGGCUGAGGGUGAAGCUCUGUGUGCUCCCUGGACCACCUGGCUGUGGGCCAGAGACUGGCUGGCCAGCCAGUGCCUGCUGCUCGGCCUGCACGCUGCCCCUGAGCUACUGGCUGGCAUCUUACCCCAGCCGGUUCUGCUCAAUCCCACCUCUCCCCGUCUCUGCUUGGAAAGGUAACCAGUGGCCAUCAGGGUCCCCAAAUCGGCAUUUCCUGUCCUGUUGAUCAGUCGGCAGCAUAUGACGUUGCUGCCCUCCCUCCAUCUUUUACGACUUCUUCCUCACCUCGGGGACACCUCUCACUCUUGCUCCUCCUCCCCAGAGUUCCUUCUUGUCUCCUUCUCUUCCCAACUGCUAAACGGUGACGCACCCCAGGGCUCAGUCCCCAUAUCUUCUGUGUAUCCACUCUCUCCCUGGCUGGGUGAGCUCCUGUGGCCCAUGGAUCUGCACACCACCCUACACCACUCACUAGCCAACUUUCUCACAAGCCUGCUCCUCCCAGGGCUUCUCCACCCUGGGGGAGACGGACACCUUUCCUGCACACACCACCAGAGUCCAGCCCAAGCCACUAUCUUUUCUCAUCUGCCUUCACCUUGACUUCCUGAAUCUCCUCUCCACACAGCCACCUGUUUACCCUCCCUGUGCCCCCAGCCUUGGCACUGGAUAUUAAACCCAGAGGCAGUUUUUCACCAUAUUCCAUCCCUAGCCUCUUUUUUUUUUUUUUUUUUUGAGACAGGGUCUUACUAGGUUGCCGAGGCUAGCCUCAAACUUGCCAUCCUCU